ACGUCGAAAGCAGCGAGCAGUCAUCAACUGGUUUUUUACUCGUGAAGACGUGUCCACAGUUAGGUCUAAGAACGAAAGCACCGAAAGCGAAGAAUAACGGUGUCUUCAACAGGCCGACAUAUCCAAAGAACAGUCGAGUGACUUGUGCGAGAGUAUAGAACAGAUCAGCUCGUGAAAAUGAAGAAAUUUGUGCUUUUUUUUCGCCUUGUUUGUGAUGGAGGCUAGCACCGAAGAAAGCCUCUUCGAGCAAGAUCUUGGCGAUCAGUUCAAAAUCGACGCAUCCACUCGCGGCUUGCAAAAGGUGAAUCUGCGAUGCGGCGCUGACUCAAUGCGUAUCGAACUGAAGACAGAGGAGGAUUUCACUGGCGUUAUGUACACCCGUGGUAGCUUCUACAAGCAGUCUGAGCCGUGCUUUGUAAAACCUAAACGAGCCGGCAAAUCGCUGGAGAUGAAAUUCAAUCUCGAUCAGUGCCAAACCAUCAACAACGACGAAGUGUACUCCAAUAUCGUUGUGGUGCAGCACGACCCUGACCUCGUUACUCCUGGAGAUGCUGCCUUCGCCGUCGAAUGCGAUUUCCGUAAGCCGCGGGGAGUCACUGUGACUUCACAGUUCCAGGCCAGAGAUAGUCUCACACCCACAUCGAGAAUCACACUGACAAGCCCCGAUCCGUCGACACCUACGCAAGAUCAUGAUCACUCGAAUUCGGUAUUCAGUGAUACUGAUUCGGUUACUUUCGUUCCGAGCCACUUCACGAACCAAACCGCCGAAGAGAAGCGAGUGAAGGGCUCUGUUGAAACCGUUGAAAUUUCCUCCAACAGGAUCACCGAUGAACUCUGAACACUGUUUUAUGGGAAUGGAAUAUUUAUUUGAAAUAACUUAUUUCUAUUUAUUCUUCCUACGGUAUUCACAUUCUAAUCGAACUAUCUUCUUCUUUGUGUUUUCAGGCCAGUAUUAGAAAAAGUUAACGCUACUCCUUCGUAUAACUAAAGCGAUCGCAUUAACUGCAAUUAAUCUCGUAGAUUGCCAAAACAGGACUGAUUACACCAAUUUAACUGUAAGACUAGUAAGAAAUGACUUCAACUAACCACGAACUAACAAGAAUUACCACUAGCAUGCCACUGACUGCGCGACAGUAAUCAUUAGUUUAGAGUAGCGUAGAACCGUAGAAAAGCAGACACUAAUGCAAAAAUUAUCACUGUUAUAAGUGAGCAUCGAGUGCUGAGAGCGUGAAUGUAAGCGAAUGAAUGGGCGACAGCAUAAAAAAGUUAAUAAAGAUAUUGAAAUAUGUCUA